UGACUCCAUUUCGGUCGGAUUUGGAGCAGUACAACUAUGAGCCCUCCCGUCCCCUCCCCUCCGCCGCCCAGAGCGAAUCGAGCCCCCAUCCCCUCCGCCGAGCCCAACACGGCGAACCGGCGGCGCGCGCUCGGAUGGCGGAGCGAGGGCCGGCCGCCGCGUCUAGGAGGAGGCCCAGGCGGCGGCGACCGGGGGAGACCCUCGACCAUCAACAUCCACGCCCCUCCUCCUCUCUCAAGAUCCCCUCUUGGAGCCAUACGAAUCCUUGCUCCACCACCGCCCAAACCCCCCAUCCGAGCCAUCUGAAUGCUUGCCGCACCGUCGUCCCUACGACGACGAAUCCCUCCUGGGGAUCCAAGCGCGUACGUACCGCGUCUAAUCGCAAUCCACUCCACGAUCCUGAUGCUAAUAACUGCAGGGACUGGGCGAGCCUCGGGGAAGGUCCGGCGGGGCUCAUCGCGGAUUUCGUCCUCGCCAACGACGUGGCCGACUACGUCCGCUUCCGCGCCGUGUGCGGCCCGUGGCGGCGGUGCUGCACCGACCCGCGCGGGCACGGCGCUCUGGACCGCCGGUUCCACCCCAGGCGCUGGGUCAUGCUCCGGGAGAAGCUCGCCUACGCCCGCCGCUUCCUCAACGUCUCCACCGGCGAGUGCAUACAAACGGAAAUCUUGGAGCUCCGCGAGCAUGACGAGCUCGGGCUCACCCCCGAGGGCCUCAUCAUCUUGCUCCACGGGCCUAGCCGCACCCACGUCCGUCUGCUCAACCCGCUGACCCGCCAGCAGCUCACAGAUCUCCCGCCGUUAACCACGCUGCUACCUCCAGAGCGCCACUCCGACCUCCUUCCCGACCGUGAUUUUCCUCUCAGAGCAUGGGGCUCUGGCAUUGCCGCAGAUGAUUCCUCGGUCGUGCUCUGUUUCAACUCGCGAUGCAUCCUAGGCAUCGCCAAGCCCGGCGACGAGCGCUGGACAGUGGUCCGGUACAAGAACUCAGUACACACUGCACCCUUGAUGUUUGCAGGCCGCUUCUAUUGCACCACAGAAAAUGGCAUCCUGCUGCUAGAGACAAGUGCAGAUCAGCCACCACGCAUGGAGGUGGCUGCCAGAUUGCAAAAGCCAAUCUCGGCGAUGAUAAUGGAUAGCGCACACCUGGUGAACAACGACGGUGAACUGAUGCUGGUGCACCGCACGCUUCGGUACCUCAGGAAUAGAUCAAGGAGGAGGACGUACGACGUUUACAAGGUGGAUUUGGAGACCGGAACUCUACUCCCGGUCAUGAGCUUGGGCGGCCGGGCAUUGUUCAUGGGUUUUUAUUGCUCUCUUUCGGUUUCUGUGGACAGUUUCCCCUCCAUAAGUGGUGAUACCAUAUACCUGAGCUUCGAUUUCAAAGAAGGAGUCCAUGAUGAGGAAAUAGAGGCCUGCCAUCUCCCAAAAAGAAGCACGAAAUCUGCUCAUUACAACCUGGACAGCUCCGUGCCUUGGCCUCAUAAAGUAGUGCCGACGCCUCAUACUCUCAUUGAUUGUUUAUCCUUGUGUAAUACCGUUGAAGCAAGUCCAAAACAUGUAGCCUUGGUAAUUUGAGUUGUAUUUUUA